UCUUUCUGUCAAAGCAAAAAAUUGUUGGCUAUAUUAACGAAAAUAAAACAUACAUAGUGGCAGGGGAGAAAAUAUUAGAAUCCUAGUAGCUAGGUUGGGUUUGGUGAAUGGUUUCAUGCAAAUGAAGCCACCAUUCUCACCUUCUUCUUCCCUUCUCAGAGGCAAAGCACGCCUCUCUCCCUACCUCUUCACCCUCAUAGUUUUCAUCCUCUUUGUCGCUAUCCUCUAUGGCGAAGACUUCAUGUGCAUCUUCGGUCAACAGUUCCAAAACUACUCUAAUUACCCUCACAAACUCUCCUCCACAACCGAGAGGGUGAAGAGGCAGAAGCUUCCGUUUGCGGUGGGGAAGGCGGAGGAAGGGUGUGACGUGUUCAGCGGAAGCUGGGUUCGGGACGAGUUGACUCGGCCGUUGUACGAGGAAUCGGAAUGUCCGUACAUUCAGCCACAAUUGACUUGUCAAGAACAUGGACGACCCGACAAGGAUUACCAGCAUUGGAGGUGGCAACCUCACGGUUGCGAUCUUCCCAAAUUCAAUGCUAGUUUGGUGCUCGAAACACUUCGUGGGAAAAGGAUGAUGUUUGUUGGUGAUUCUCUUAACCGCGGUCAAUAUGUCUCUUUCGUGUGCCUUCUCCAUAAACUCAUUCCCGAGGAUGGCAAAUCAAUGGAAACCUUUGAUUCACUCACGGUAUUCUCUAUAAAGGAAUACAAUGCUACAAUUGAGUUCUACUGGGCACCUUUUCUUCUUGAAUCAAACUCAGACAAUGCUGUCAUUCAUAGGAUAUCUGAUAGGAUUGUGAGAAAAGGUUCAAUCAAUAAGCAUGGCAGAAAUUGGAAAGGUGUUGACAUUUUGGUAUUCAACACCUAUCUUUGGUGGAUGACUGGCUUGAAGAUGAAAAUCUUACUUGGAUCUUUCGAUGAUGAAGUAAAAGAGAUUGUUGAGCUCUCAACAGAGGAUGCUUACGGCAUGGCUAUGAAAAGUAUGCUUAGAUGGGUUAGGUUGAAUAUGGAUCCAAAGAAAACAAGAGUGUUUUUCACAAGCAUGUCACCUUCACAUGGAAAGAGCAUAGACUGGGGAGGUGAACCGGGAGGGAAUUGUUACAAUGAGACCACUCUAAUUGAUGAUCCCACAUAUUGGGGCUCUGAUUGUAGGAAGAGUAUAAUGGAAGUAAUUGGAGGAGUGUUUAGCAAAUCUAAAGUGCCCAUUACAUUUUUGAACAUCACACAACUAUCCAAUUAUCGUAGAGAUGCACACACUUCAAUCUACAAGAAGCAAUGGAGUCCAUUGACUCCAGAGCAAUUAGCUAACCCUGUUAGUUAUGCUGAUUGUGUGCAUUGGUGCUUACCUGGCCUUCAAGAUACUUGGAAUGAGCUUUUGUAUGCCAAGUUAUUUUAUCCUUGAAAGUUGAAACUAUUUCAAAUAUUAAUACAAUAGAUCUUUUUUCGUUCUCGUGGAUCA